CAGUGAGGCACGUUGAUUCCGAGGUGGUGAAACUAUGGUGGAUCCGUGUGCGUUCAUGCAGAAACGACCACACAUACACCCAUACAUGUCCACUGACCCACCUGUAACUCCAACAAUUAAUUAUUAAAGAACAUUAAGGAACCUCUCUGUGUCCUGCUGAUCAGAGCCCCUGUCCUCAAAGUGCUAUCAAGCCAGCACCUUCCCAGAGUACCCACUCACAUCCAGCACCCCUCAUAGUUUUCUGCCAAACAGCAGUUCAUAUGGAAAUAAUCCUGUAGAGGCAUGGGAAACCUCCUGCACUGCAAACAGAGGAUCUAGCCACCUAUCCCAAUUGCAGUCAUCCUUGUGCACAAACUGUAUAUCAAAACUGAGUGAAUGUGGUAUACAGGGUAACCAGCUGACAUUCAGGGUGCAUCAGGUGGGAGCUAAUCACGGCCUUGACACUAUGCCUUACCCCCGAUAUCUAAUUUCUACUGGCACAACAGGAUAUUUGUGAACGUCCCCAUGCACACACUUAUGAACCCAUGAUGCCUAACCAAAGACCGAGUCAAAUCAGGUUUUGGGGAACUAUAGACUUUGCACAGUCAGAAUCCACCAUUGCCCAAUGUACAGUAUACCACCUGGAUCCUUACUGGAAUGCUGGGGGCACUCUCUGAGGAAGUGUUGGCCCCAUUUCCAGCAGUCCUGCUUUGUGGAACCCCAGGUGAGUCAGGGGCAAUGUCCGUAGUGGCAGGAACCUGGGACAGAGAGAAAGAAGAUGGAGGAUAAGAGGAUUAGAGCAUUGAGGGGAGGGGAAAGUCUCUGGUGUGAGUGUGAGUCCUGGCUUCCUGUGGGAGGCUGGCAUUGGUCGGACAGCUGCUCGUGGCUGUACCUUUGCUCCAGGGCCCCUGGGGUGGAUAGUGAUCUUCCGCCUAAUGCAGUUGCCAGAUCCCCAAGGCAGUGGCACUCACCGCCCCCGCUGGCAGACCCUCCACAAAUUGCUCCAGAAGGUGAUGUCUGCCCCAAAUGUGUUACGUGUAGGAACAACAGAGAACAUCUUUGUGGAGUGUCAAGACUGUACAGGGGGAGACAUACAGGUUCACAUCAACGUAAUGGACCAUCCAACCAAGCUGGUGACCACAUCUGUGACCCUUACCAGUGCAAAUAACUUCCAGGCACUUGGACAAAUAAAGAUCCCCGCUGCAGUGUUUAGCAAGGACGCCACCCUGAAGCAGUAUGUCAACCUGCAAGCUCAGUUCCCUGACCACCUGCUGGAGAAAGUCGUCCUUGUGUCCUUACAGUCCGGCUACAUCUUCAUCCAGACUGACAAGAGCCUCUACACCCCUGACAGUAAAGUUCUUUACAGGCUGUUUGCAGUGACACCUCGUAUGGAGCCCGUGCAGAGGAAUGAGAUGAAUGACUUAAUUGACGUUGAGAUUAUGACUCCUGAAGGCAUCACUUUAGCUGUUGAAUUGGCCUCUCCACUAUCGGGAAUCCACUAUAAUGAUUUCAAACUAGGUGAAAAUGUCAGUCCUGGAGUCUGGAAAGUGGUGGCCAAAUUCUGCGACAACCGACAGCAGAGCUACACUGCAGAGUUUGAGGUCAAAGACUAUGUGCUGCCAGGUUUUGAGGUGAAGCUGAUACCUUUGAGCUCCUUCUUCUAUGAGGACAGUCCAGAUCUCCCUGUCAUCAUCAAAGCUUCGUAUCUGUUUGGUGAAGAGGUAACUGGCACAGCAUACGUGGUAUUUGGGGUUGUGCUCGAAGGUCAGAAGAGGAGCUUUCCAAACGCUCUUCAGAGAGUAGCGAUUGAAAAUGGUGCUGGAGUGGCCAAACUGAAGAGGGAACACAUCACACAGACCUUCCAAAAUAUCGACCAGCUUGUGGGGAGUUCCAUAUUUGUGGCAGUCAGUGUGCUGACAGAGAGUGGUAGUGAAAUGGUGGAGGCAGAGGUGAGAGGCAUCCAGAUCGUUAGAUCCCCCUACACCAUUCACUUCAAGAGAACACCCAAAUAUUUCAAACCAGGAAUGUCCUUCGAUGUUUCGAUUGAAGUUGUGAAUCCAGAUGAAACUCCAGCUCAAGGUGUUGCUGUGGUGGUGAAUCCAGGUGAAGUGAAGGUUUUGACUGCAGCUAAUGGCCUUGCAAAGCUUAUCGUCAAUACAGAGGCAAGAGCAUCAGAUUUGAGAAUCACUGCAAAAACCAGUGAUCCUCGUAUUUUAGCAGAAAGACAAGCAUCAGCCACCAUGGUAGCUCUUCCAUAUAAAAGCAUAAGCAACAGCUACAUCCACAUAGGUGUGUAUACAGCAGAGCUGCAGUUAGGAGACUAUCUGAAGAUCAACCUCUACUUGAACAGGCCGUCAAAUCAAGACACUGAUAUCACAUACCUGAUCCUGAGCAGAGGUCAGUUGAUCCAACAUGGCCGUUACAGGACAAGAGGACAAGUAAUAAUUUCCCUGACCAUUCCCAUCACCAAAGACAUGCUGCCAUCAUUCCGCAUCAUAGCCUACUACCAUCCAAAUGACAAUGAAGUGGUAUCAGACUCUGUCUGGGUGGAUGUCAAGGACUCCUGCAUGGGCUCGCUGAAGUUAGAACCAUCAAGACCUGCUGCAUCCUAUAAGCCUCGAAGAAGGUUUGGUCUGAAGGUUACUGGAGAUCCAGGAGCCACAGUUGGACUGGUGGCAGUUAACAAAGGAGUCUCUGUUCUGAAUAACAAGCACCGCCUCACCCAGAAAAAGGUGUGGGACAUUGUGGAGAAAUAUGACACAGGCUGCACCCCAGGUGGAGGAAAGGAUGGUAUGAAUGUGUUCUACGAUGCUGGGCUGUUAUUUGAGUCCAGCACAGCUUCUGGAACUCCUUACAGACAAGAACUAAAAUGUCCAGCCCCCAGAAGGAGGAGAAGACAAACCACUAUUAUGGACGUCACAAGCAGCUCAAGUGAGAUUGAAGACGACAGUUACGUGGACAGCAAUGAGAUAGUGUCUCGCACUGACUUCCCUGAAAGUUGGCUGUGGACAGACAUCAUUCUGCCCUCUUGCAACAAACCCAGCUGUGCAUCCGAGAAAAACGUUCCUUUACCAGACUCAAUCACAACCUGGCAGUUCACUGGCAUUAGUCUGUCAACAACCCAUGGAAUCUGUGUCAGUGAGCCGUUAGAAGUGAUUGUCCAGAAGGACUUCUUCAUUGACCUUAUACUGCCCUACUCUGCUGUCCGUGGAGAGCAGCUAGAAAUUAAGGCAAUUCUCCACAACUACACCCCCGAUCUUAUCACUGUGCGUGUGGAUCUGACUGAGACGGAGGAUGUGUGCAGUGCAGCGUCUAAACGUACAAGAUAUAAUCAGGAUGUCAGAGUCGGGCCCCUGACUACACGAUCAGUUCCCUUCAUCAUUAUACCCAUUAAGUACGGACAAUUCAACAUUGAGGUCAAAGCAGCCGUGAAGGACUCGUCGCUCAAUGAUGGAGUCAUGAAGAUGCUGCGGGUGGUGCCUGAAGGUGUACUAAUUAAGUCUGUACAGACUAUAAUUCUAGACCCCUCACACAAAGGUGCUGGAGGUAAACAAGAAGAAAUACUCAAUAGUGGAAUUCCAAAGAAAGACUGGGUUCCUAACACACCUGCAAGCACACAGAUCUCUGUGACAGGGAGUGAAGUUCCAUUGGUGGAGAACGUCAUUAGUGGGGAGUCAAUGACUUCACUGAUCCAGUUGCCACACGGCUGUGGAGAGCAGAACCUGGCCCGCAUGAGUCUACCUGUCAUCACAGCCAUGUAUUUGGACAAAACUAACCAGUGGGAAACUGUGGGCUUUCAGAGACGAAAUGAAGCCCUCCAGCAUAUCAGGACCGGCUACAAUAAUGAACUCGCCUUCCGUAAACAAGAUGGAUCUUUUUCAGCAUGGCCCAGUGCCAAAAGUAGCACCUGGCUCACAGCUUAUGUUGUCAAGGUGUUUGCCAUGUCCUACAACCUGGUGGAAAUGAAGAAGAAUGUGAUCUGUGACGCUGUCAAGUUUCUGAUUUCCAAUGCACAGCAACCUGAUGGCAUGUUCAGAGAAGUCGGAAGGGUGAUCUACAGUGAGAUGAGUGGUGAUGUGCAAGGCUCAGAUUCAGAUGCCUCCAUGACAGCGUUCUGCCUCAUUGCCAUGCAGGAGUCACGCAAGCUAUGUGCUGACACAGUUAGUAGUCUGCCUGGAAGUACUGACAAAGCCGUGGCCUACCUGGAGAGGCGUUUGUCCAGCCUCACCAACACAUAUGCUGUAGCCAUGUCAUCAUACGCUCUGGCCAACCAAGACAAACUGAACAGAGAGAUCUUCUACAAUUUUGCUUCCCCAGAGUUGUCCCACUGGAAUGUUCCUAAAGGACCUGUUUAUACAUUAGAGGCCACAGCUUAUGCUCUUCUUGCUCUGGUCAAGGCCAAGGCCUUGGAAGAUGCUAGACCUAUUGUGAGAUGGUUCAACAAACAGCAGAGGGAUGGUGGAGGCUAUGGCUCAACUCAGGCUACGAUGAUAGUGUACCAGGCUGUAGCAGAAUACUGGGCCAGUGCUCAAGAACCAGAGUAUGAUCUGAACGUGGACAUCCAUUUGCCUGGCAGGCCCAAGCCAGAGAAGAUCAACUUCAACAGGAACAACCACCACACGACCAGAACCUCAAACUUCAAUGAUAUAAACCAGGAUGUUAAAGUGACUGCGACAGGAACUGGAGAAGCAACACUGAAGAUGGUGUCACUGUAUUACGCUCUGCCGACGGAAAAAGAGAGUGACUGUCAGAAGUUUAACUUGUCAGUGGAGCUUAUUCCAGAGAAAAUGGAUGAGAAUGAGGUGAUAUACAAACUGAGAAUAGAAGUCUUAUAUAAGAACACGGAUCACGAUGCAACUAUGUCAAUCUUGGAUAUUGGCUUACUAACUGGCUUCACUGUCAACAAAAAUGACCUGGACUUGUUGGCCCAAGGACGCGCCCGUACCAUUGCAAAAUAUGAGAUGAACACAGUUCUGUCAGAGAGAGGUUCAUUGAUCAUCUACCUGGACAAGGUUUCUCACACACGAUCAGAGGAGAUCACUUUUAGGAUCCACCAGACUCUGAGAGUGGGCGUCAUGCAACCAGCGGAUGUAUCUGUCUAUGAAUAUUAUGACCAAACACAGUGUGUGAAAUUCUAUCAUCCAGAGAGGAAAGCUGGGCAGCUGCUGAGGCUCUGUAGAAAUGAAGCAUGCACAUGUGCUGAAGAGAACUGCAGCAUGCAGAAGAAGGGUAAUAUCAGCAAUGAUUUACGCACAGCUAAACCCUGUGAGAGUACACCUACCAGCAAAAUAGAUUUUGUUUACAAAGUGAGAGUGGAAGACUUCACAGAUGGUUUGUCCACUGAUAUUUACACAAUGCGGAUAAUGGCAGUGAUCAAAGAAGGAAAUUAUGAUGUUGGUCCCCUGGGUAAACUACGUGCAUUCCUCAGUUACCCUCACUGCAGGGAGGCUUUAGAUCUGGGUAAAGGGAAAACGUAUCUCAUCAUGGGCACAUCAGAGGAUAUUCACAAGGACCAACGGGAUCAGUAUGUGCUCAGUGAGAGAACCUGGAUCGAGUACUGGCCCACAGACGCAGAGUGUCAAAGGGAUGAACACAGGCCAACAUGUUUGGGCUUGGAGGAGAUGGUCACACAGUCCACGCUCUUUGGAUGUCAGCACUAGGGCAACACCAGAAAAUGGUCUGUCCUUUGCCCAUUUUUAAUUUUUUCAUUUCUUAUGCAAAAUUUAAACUGUUUUAAGAUCAAGGUUCAUCCACCCAUUACCGCUUUAUCCUCCACCAUGUGUCUUUAUUAUCCCUGAGGAGCAAUUUGGGUUACAGCUAGCAUUCACAUAUUUACACAUAUGACAUAUAAAAUAAUUAGUACCACAUCACAAGUAACAAUAUUAAACACAACAAUAGAACAAGUGUGAUAUUUGAUUCACUAUUAAGGCGACUGAUUGCUGUAAGAAUAAAUGAUGAUUUAAACAUGUUAGUUCUGUGCAUGUUGUAUCUGCGCCCAUGAUUCGUGUCAGCCAAAAUGUGUUUUUUUUUAUUUUUUUAAGCACCUGACCUGAUAUAGCUGAGGUCAUUCAGUGCUAUUCUGGCAAUUUUACUGCACACUUUCAUGAUGCCCUUUAGGCAUUUUUUGUUUACUUAAAAGAACGUGACCCUUUAAAGAAAGUAAUGUAAGAGAUUUAAACGUCACACUGUGGAAUAAACAUUAUAGUCUUCA